AUGCAGGCCAACUCGGGCUCCCCCUACAAGCCAUCGCCUCUCUCCUUCGGGUCGCCACGGGCAUCGCCCUUUCGGCGACCCUCCACCCCGAACUCGUCACAAUCCGGCACCCCAGGUAGCUCGCCCAGCCGGGGCUACACGCCUAUGCAGUCGCCCAGCAAGCUGAACCAGUCCUAUACCGCCGAGGAAGGAGACGCGACCUCCACAAAGACAGACCCCAUUCCCCAACCGAACUUCGGCAGAGAACUUCCCCCUUCUCCGACCAAAGGAGCGCAGGCGCCCGGUCGGUCAUCGCCAAUUGUGGGCAACAGAUCCAGUGGGCUCGGGGUGCCCAACGACGCCGCGUCAAAGCUGCCAGCUCACCAAGCGAGAGAGAUCCGUGAGGCUUUCCAGGUCCUCGACCGCGACAAUGAUGGGAAGAUCCAUAAGGACGACGUGGUGGACGUGCUGAUGAAUCUGGGCCAAGACUCCUCUCCAGCAACAAUUGCGCGCUUCUUCCCGUCUGGAGCACCGCCAACAAUCAACUUCCCGACCUUCCUAAGCACCCUGUCGCAGUUGAUGGCUCCCAUGUCCACUUCUCAGGAACUCCUCAAUGCGCUGGCUGCCUUUGACGACGACGAUAAUGGACAGAUUGAUGUGGCCGAACUGCGCGAUGCGCUCCUACACACUGCCCCGGAGGACGGCGAGACGCCGUUGACGGCACAGCAGAUCGACGAGGUGUUCAGUGGGUUUACCGGACGGAAAGCCUUUGGUGGCCGGGGGGCUAAUUCGGGAAUGAACAAGAGAGGCGAGGUGUUUCAGUACCACGACUUUGUUCGCAGCGUCGUCGGAUCUGAUAACGGGCGACGCGAGGGCACGGCCCAGGGCUGA